AAAAACGCAAGCGCGAGGACGAGAAGCUGGAUUGCACCAUCAUCCCUCGUAACUAUGCCUGACCGAGCGGCUUCGCCAGCCGUCUCCGAAAGCGAGUUCGAUAUCUCAAAGGCUCUUUUCAAAGAUGAUGCCGCUUCCGACGCCGAAGACUGGGAACUGUCGAAACCGAAGAAACAGAAAAAACCAAUACUGGCUGCCAGUCUGAACUUGCUCGACGAUGUCAACGAUGAUGACGACGGCAACGAUGAGGCUUUCAUUGCCGCAACCCAAGCCGCUGCAAACCGGAAGUCGUCCAACCUCAAGGGCCGAACGGUCAAGAAGGGAGGUGGGUUUCAGGCCAUGGGUUUGAAUGCGCAGCUUCUCAAAGCGAUUGCCCGCAAAGGUUUCUCUGUGCCCACGCCGAUUCAGCGCAAAACUAUACCUGUUAUUUUGGACGAGCAGGAUGUCGUUGGAAUGGCCCGCACCGGUUCCGGAAAGACAGCUGCGUUUGUCAUUCCCAUGAUUGAGAAGCUGAAGAGCCACAGCAGCAAAGUUGGGAUGCGGGGUUUGGUGCUGUCUCCAUCGCGAGAAUUGGCGCUUCAGACGUUGAAAGUUGUAAAGGAACUCGGUCGUGGAACCGAUCUGAAGUCAGUUUUGUUGGUUGGUGGCGAUAGCCUGGAGGAACAAUUCGGUGUGAUGGUUGGCAACCCGGAUAUCGUUAUCGCAACCCCUGGUCGUUUUCUGCAUUUGAAAGUCGAGAUGGGGCUUGAUCUGUCAAGUGUGAAAUAUGUAGUGUUCGACGAAGCUGACCGACUUUUCGAAAUGGGGUUUGCUGCUCAGCUCACUGAAAUUUUGCACGGUCUCCCUGCCGCCCGCCAGACUUUGUUGUUUUCUGCAACUCUUCCCAAAUCACUUGUGGAAUUCGCUAGGGCUGGCCUACAGGAUCCAGCACUUAUCCGAUUGGAUACUGAAGGAAAGAUAUCCCCAGAUCUGCAGAACGCUUUUUUUACAGUACAGUCUGCGGAUAAGGAGGGCGCACUGCUUUACAUUCUAAACGACGUGAUCAAAAUUCCCACCGGGCCAACUGGGGCAGCUCAACGCUUCGCGGAAGAACAGAAAACUGGGCAAAAGUGGUCGAAAAAACGUAAAAGGUUUGAAACGGACAAAGCAGCUAAUGUGACCGCAUCGCCUACGAAACACUCGACUAUCGUCUUCACUGCCACAAAACACCAUGUCGACUACCUGGUCAGCAUUAUCCGGGAAGCUGGGUUUUCGGUGUCAUAUGCAUAUGGUUCUCUCGAUCAGACUGCUCGUAAUAUUCAAGUACAGCGGUUCAGAAAUGGGGUAACAAAUAUAUUGGUUGUGACGGAUGUGGCUGCUCGUGGAAUCGAUAUCCCCAUUCUUGCGAAUGUCAUCAACUACGAUUUCCCUUCGCAGCCCAAGGUGUUUGUCCAUCGUGUCGGACGAACUGCGCGUGCUGGUCAAACAGGUUGGAGCUACAGUCUCGUACGGGAUACAGAUGCCCCCUACCUGCUUGAUCUGCAACUUUUCUUAGGCCGGAAAUUGGUUGUUGGGCGACAAACUGACAAAGUCAAUUAUUCAGAAGAGGUUGUUGUCGGAGGAUUACCGAGAGAUGCCAUUUCCACUCAUUGUGAGUGGGUUACAAAGAUUCUAGACGACUCAGAGGACUUGCACGCCCAAAAAGGUGUUUCGAACAGGGGUGAGAAACUCUAUAUGCGAACAAGAAAUGCUGCAUCCUUGGAAAGCGCAAAGCGGGCAAAGGAUAUUGUUACUUCAGAAAACUGGACUUCAUUACAUGCACUGUUUAAUGAUGAGAACAGCCAGAUGGAAGUCGAGCGUGAAAAGAUGCUCGCUCGUCUUGGCGGAUACCGGCCACAGGAGACCAUCUUUGAAAUCGGUGGUAGACGCACGGGCAAAAAAGGUAACGACGAGGCUUUCGAAACAAUAAAACGAGUACGUUCUACGCUUGACAAAAAGAAGAAGCAGCGCCCUGGAGCCGAAGAAACCACCGAGGCUGCUGAAGCAGAUGCCGCCGAAGGAAGUGAUGACAACAUUGAGAAGGGUUUAACUUUCUCUGAUGGCGAUGAGAAUGAUCAACUUGACAACUUAGACAACAUGUCCAUGGCUUCUGAAUCUGACCUUGAAGUUACAUUCUCUCAAUACUCAGGCAACAAAUCCAAAUCUAAACAGUCCUCGGAGGCCACAAAUUCCUUCCAAAACCCGGAAUAUUUCAUGUCUUACAUCCCUGCUAACACAUCCCUUGUCGAAGAUCGUGCUUAUGGUGUGCACUCUGGCUCCAACUCUAACUUCGCACAAGCCUCGCGGGAUGCGACAAUGGACCUGACGGCUGACGAAAAGCUCGGGUUCGGAGAACAUCGGUCUGCUAUGCGUUGGGACAAGCGUCACAAAAAAUAUGUUUCUCGGCGUAACGAUGAAGACGGCUCCAAAGGCGGAUCGGCCUUGGUACGCGGCGAAAGCGGGACCAAAAUUGCGUCCAGUUUCCGUAGCGGGCGCUUUGAUGCCUGGAAGAAAGGGAAACGAAUGGGUCGUAUGCCUCGUGUGGGCGAGGCUGAGAAUACAGCACUUUCGGCGGACUUUAACUCAUCAAUAUCCGGUCGGAAAUUCAGACAUAACAAACAACAAGCGCCGAAACAGCUUGACAAGCUGCGCGGUGAUUAUGAGAAGAAAAAGAAGCAAGCAACUGCCAGGGAGCGUGAGGAAGCUGCUUCUGAGGGCGGUGGUGGUCCUGCUUCAUACGGUAGAAAUGGUCGUGCGCCAAAGAAUGAGUUGAGGAAUAAUGAAGAUAUUCGCAAAGCGAGGAAGUUGAAAGAGAGGAGAAAGGAAAAGAAUGCUCGACCAUCGAAAAAGGGCAAAGGCAAGGGCCGGCGGUAAAUAGUACAGUUUUAGCAAUCGUAUAUAGGAGCUACUUGUCAUUAAGGAUAUCAUAAAUAAAAUUGAAU